CUUAUUUAUAGAAAAAAGCUUGGCCUGAAGUGGAGACGAAUGAAAAGCUUGAAGGCAAAAAUUAUAACUACAUUAUUGAAGGAAGCAAAUCAUCAAGAAUUCGUGUUCUCGAAAUCAAAAGAUUAGUGGACGCUAUUGCUCAACAGCUAGUGAUUCUGUCAGCAGAAAAGAAUGGAAUCAACAACUUGAAACGUUACUGUUGGAAAAUUUCGGGAGAAUCACUGAAAAGCAAUAAUCGUCAAAUGUUAGCACACUGUCCAUAUCCUUCGUGUUUAUUCCAUGGAGUAAAGGAACAAUCAAAAAUAAGUAAAAAGGAAAAUCAGAAAUCGAAGAAGAAAAGACCUGCGAUACGCCAGAAAACCAAGAAAGCUCCUACAAAAACUGUGCAGAAGAAACCAUUUAUAAUGCAAAAGAAUGUUAACUUACCCAAAGUCCCAUCUUCUGCCAGAACUCCUACCUAUCAAACAGUAAACAAAUACAAGAUUCCAACUGCUGUGAAACCUAUUACCAAUAAAUCAUUUUCCAAACGCAUGCUAGAAAAAGGAACCCAAACUAUUUCUAAGGAUUUACAAAGGUUAUCUCACUCAAAUUCUUCUAGAGCAACAGGAGACAGUAUAUCAGAAAGUUUUGAGAAAGAAAAUUUAAACUCAGAUGGAGAAUUUUGCUGCAAAAGUGAUACAUUGAACGAUGCGAGCAUGUUAACGGAAGAAAUUGCUUCAGAAUAUGUCGUCUCUCGGCCAGAUAUUUCCAUCAAGAAGACUGAAGAAAUUUCAUCAUCUGAAACAGGUUCUAAAAGUACAGAAACUGUAACUCGUAAGUUGUCUAAUGCAGUAUCUUCCAAAAGCAAAGUAGCAAACUCUCUCGCAAACAACUGCGAAGUAAAGCAAAAUAUAUCUAUGGAAGUUUCAAGUAAAGCAUCGCAACAAUUCCAAACUGUUACUCAGAAUACUAAUGUGUCCAAAAGCUACUUGAAUGCCAAAUCGCAUGCUUCUUCGAGCAAUCACGUCAUAGAAAGCAACAAAUUGGAAGACUUAUCCAUAGGUCAGAGCAUUAUAGCCAAAAAAACGGAAGAAAUUUGCCAAAUUCUCAAAGUAGCAAGUACUAAAAGAAAAGGAUCUUCAUCACUUCAAAGUAUAAUAAGUAAUGCAAAGACAGAAACUUCUCAACUCCAAAGCUUAGGGGCUGCAUCGAAGAGAAAAAGCUUUUCCAGUGAAGCAAGAAAUUCGAGUAAGAGUGAUAACGUUGUUAAAUCUUCAAACAGCGAACUUUCACAUGCCAAUUCGAGUACUUUAGCAGAAGAGGAAACUAAACAGAAAGCUGAUGCCCCACCUGAAGAGAAAAGAUUAUUAUAUUCUCGCAAAGACAGAAAUACCGAGAAAGUUCUGUCAUCGGUCCCUCAUUCAGAUUCCGAAGAGGGUGGGGACUUAAAAUAUCUAAAAGAGCAACACAUUUCAAGCACAGAGAAUGAAACAACGUAUAUACCUAUGGCUUCAGUCUCAUCGGAAAGUUCAUCUGAAGUGGAAGACAACAGCGAAUGCUCAAGCAGCUUCAAGGAAAAUGACGGAAUAUCACCCGAAUAUAGCAGCCAUUGGACAGUUGAAAGUUCUUCGUGUGAAGUUUCUGAUUCGGAAUUCGACAAGAGUUUCAAGGAAAAAUUCAUAGCUCUAAAGAAGUCUUUGCUAGAAGAGGAUGAUGGUAUUGUUGCUUCUUGCGAAGAUGAGGUUUCUAAUAGUAAGGAGUGUUAUACCCAACAGACAUUGAAAAGAAACUCUAUUGAAAUCAUUUCACAGUCCAAUAGAGCUCUAUUUGAUUCUUUAGACCAUGGAGACUUGGAAACAUUUGAAGAGUUGGCAAAUGAAACUGAAAAUCUUUUCGAAAUUGUUGAUGAAGAUGGAUGGAAUAUGCUUCAUCUUGCAGCUUCAAAAGGUUUGGACCAAUUUAUUGAGGUUCUCCUUAGCUUAGGAAUACCCAUAGAAAGUAUGACUAAAGAUGGAUUAACUGCUUUGUGGUUAGCCAUCAUGAACAAUCAUCUGAAGUGUUGUCAAGUACUUUUGAAGCAUGGUGCUAACAUACCUGCAAACGAAUACGGUAAAAUGAAUUACGAUGAUUUCAAGAACCCGAUAUCAACGCCUAUUAAACGCCUACUGGGAAAAUACGAAGAUAACUUUACAAAAGUCCAGAAACUUGCGGAAGUAUUCAAUCAAAUUGGAAACAAAAGGAAGAAACUUUCCAAAGAAUUAUCAAUUAAUUUACUUCAAGCAUUAGCUGAUUUGACUCUUGAAGAAGAGGAAUACGCAGAAAAGAAUACAGUAGAAAAGGAAACAAAUCACGAACCUACUCAGAAAGACAAUAACAGUUAAUAAAAUCGUAUCAAUUCAAACAAUUUUAAGAAUUUUUGUUUCAAUAUUUAAUUUAGCUUCAUCAUAACCAUAAACUUUUGAGUACUUUCUUUGUUUUGUGUUUGCUGCUGUUGCUUGGUGCUGCCUGUUUAAUUUAAAUUUUCCACUUAUCAGAAAAAUGAUAACUGUUAAUUCGAAAUGCACAUUAUCUUGUAAGUAGGUACAGUACGGGUACGCCCUGGAAACACUUUUUCAAAACAUAUGUUUAAUUUAUGUAUAUGUUACUAAUAUCAUAAGCAGAUAUUAGUUCAUUUAAAAAAUAAUCUGAUAUUAAAUAUUUAUUUAUGAAAUAUACUGAAAAUUCUUCUUUGUUGUUGCUGUUUUGUUUUGUAAACAUGGAAUGUCGUUAAUAAAUUUUAA